AUGCUUUCCAAGAUUCGUAACAGAAGGGAGGCAGCCAAAGAGAAUGAGGACGACGGCGACACAAAGGAAUUCUUGCUCAAUCGCAGUGUGAAAAUCAAGGAAGGUGUGAGUCCGGAGGUGGAAUAUAGAAUACAUGAAUUUCUUGGCAGUGGCAAGUUCGGUGAUGUAAAUAGGUGCGAGGAGAAGUCCACAGGCUACGAGUUGGCGGCCAAGGUCGUUCCCUACAGCUGCCUGGACGAGAAGGAGGGUGUGAUGAAUGAGGUGGGGAUUAUGUGCAGACUGCGACAUCCCCGACUCAUUCAACUCUACGAUGUCUUUAUCCAACGCGAUCGAAUCACUCUCAUCAUGGAACUAAUAACUGGUGGUGAGCUGUUUGAACGCGUAAUUGACGACAGCUUCGAUCUGAAUGAGGAGAUUUGUGAGAAAUUUAUGCGACAAAUUUUGCAAGGCGUUGAAUAUAUUCAUUCCCAACACGUGAUCCACUUGGAUCUUAAGCCCGAGAACAUACUUUGCUUGUCAAGAACCGGUUUUAAGAUAAAAAUAAUCGACUUUGGGCUGGCUCGAGAGGUGACUAAUGGUGAUUUGCGGGUGAUGUUCGGUACUCCUGAGUUUGUCGCUCCCGAGGUCAUUGCCUUUGACCCCGUGACCUACGCAACGGACAUGUGGUCUCUUGGUGUGGUUUGCUACGUUCUGCUUUCCGGUCUGUCACCAUUCAUGGGUGACAACGAAAGUGAGACUUUGAGCAACAUUAUGCGCUGCAGCUACACCUUCGACUACCCGGAGUUCAAGGACAUAUCCGCCGAUGCCAAGGACUUUAUCAAAAGCCUUCUAAACAAGAAUCCACGCAAGAGAAAUACCGCCACACAGUGCCUUGCUCAUCCCUGGUUAAAGGAGAAACCACGGUUAAAGCGAUCAGCAACAGUUAACAAAAAGCGGUUGCGUCAUUUCGUAUACCGACGCAAGUGGCAGAAAGCCGUAAAUGCGAUCAUAGCGCUUCAGAGAAUGGGAGUUGUGUUGACCCACACCCCCAACAGGGAGUCGGAUUAUCGAAAGCUGCUCCAAGCCAAAAGCUCAAAGACUGCUGCUUUUUACCGCAAAACUUCCAUUCGGGAUACACCUUUCGUGGUGGUUCCGGAAGGUGACGUGAAGCGAAAACAGUCCUACAGUAAACCUGGUGAGGCCGUUAAGCAGCCUAUUGAACGGAGAGUGUCAAUCCCCCCCACAAAUGCACCAAAAACUACUCCUAACAAGAGACCUCCCCAAAUUACUGUCACAAAUCCCUCGAAAACCGAACUAAAGCAGCGGAUUCCUGGCUUUACACAGGACCAGAUCUCGUCCAGCUCACCUGUGAAUAAACCUUCGACUCCAAUAUCACCUAAAGCAGAACCAACUUCUCCCUCGGGACAGAUGCAGUCAAAACUAGCCACUGCGCCACAGAAGACGCUUAUUAACAGUACAUCAAAUAAUCCAUUUAAAAAAGAGGCUCAACCUCUUACACAUACGGACCAAAAACAUACAUCUCCAAAGCCGCCAACACUGCAACCGAUGAACAAAACCGAAGUCAAACAGCCAUCCUUGGGGAUUACAAAUAAAACGCCGAAGAACCUCGCCACACCAGAUGCUUCCUCUAUAAAUGCGUCGGCAGGCGCGACAAAGGGUUCCAUUAGCCCACCAUUUGGGAACCGGGAGUUGAGUUUGCAAAAGUCGACAGCUACUAAUGUUGUGUCAAAAUCCGCUACCCGGAUGAAAUCGCCUCCCUCCUCCACAACAAUACGACCUUCGACAGCACCUUCCAUAACUUCUACCAACGCCACCGCUGAGACCACUUCUUCCGGAUUAACUGCAGACAGACCGAAUCCACAGCCGUCAGAACCAGUACUCCUGAAGAUGGUGACGCUUUCAAAGCCGCGGGGCAGUGUUGCGGACCGCAUAAGUUUUUUCAACAACUCCUCUACCAAUCAGCAAAUAAAAAGCGCCAAAGGCAAGAAGUUUUCUCUUUACAGUUAA